AUGAAGGCCUGUUGUCCAGUGUUCAUCAUGUUUAUCAACAAAGAUUCCAAUCGACGAAUAGGAGGUUUUGCUUUGUCCACAAUAGCAUGGAUUCUUUGCUCCACCUCCAUGGGUCUCCCGCAGUGGCGAGUGUGGUAUUUCAAAGAACCCAUAAACUCUUACCCUCUGGUGGCCUUUGUGGGAGUGUGGAAAGCCUGCAUUUACCACCAUGUCAACUUCAGUAAUAUUAGAAUGUGUCACCAUUACAGCUACUAUGACACCUUCAUCCCUUUGGAUAUUCGUGUUUCUCAACACCUGUUGCUAAUUACCAGCAUUUUCUGGGUGGUUGGAAAAGUUGCUACUGUUAUUGCUCUUAGAAAUGUGUACAUGGGAAGAGGAGAACAGAAUGUCACCCAAAAUGCUUUUUGCCUCUCAGCGAUUCUGAGCAUCAUUGCCAGUAGCUUUGUCUUCCUUGCUGUUUUGUGUAAUUAUUUCUCCAUCAUAAACAGAGAAGGGAUUAACUUUCCACGAUCUUUCCAUAUGCCCUUUUACCCACAUACUCAGAAAGCUGGCAUUGCCAUGGCAUUGGCAUUUCUAGCAGCCAUUCUGUUUUUGUGCAGUGGUAUGAUUUUCAUUCCUUACACAUUUCCCUUAAACACCCAAGUCUUCCCUAAUAUCUGA